UAGGAUGAGAAGAAAAACUCCUUCUUCUGGGUAUUUAAGGAUUAGUAAGAUCUUAUUUACUUGCAACUUUAACCAUUUUUGUCCUCUCACUGCUUCACAUCCCCAAAUCCUCCUCAGCUUUCGUUCUAACUCUGGGUUUCUUGGAGGAUCUGGACUUUCACCUGGAACAUUGUGUUGGAUCUGGUCAGGAACUCAGCAAUGGACCUUUCCUGAGAACUCUUCAUCAAAAUGAAGACCUGAGGAAGAGAGAGAGAAGAACGAGAAUGCAUCAAAACCAGUGAUUAACUCAUCCAAACCACGAGUGAGGGAGGCUUUCCAGAAAACUUCUUCUGGAGAAGUUCUCAGGAGACCUUCAUGCACUGAGUGGUAGGAGCAGAAAGUCGCCCUGCUCUCUCACACACACACACACACACACAAACACACACACACACACACACACACACACACACACACACGUAGUGCAGUCAGAGAGAGCUCCUCUUGACCUCUGUUCACACUGCAAGAAAACACUUCAGCUGAGGAGAGCGUCAUGCGAGGCCUCAGUCUCAGCCGGGGGUUUCUGGUCCUUCUGCUGCUUUGGUCGCUGUCGGUCCUCGCUGAUGCAGCUGGUGUCGAACGAGGAGGAGCUGGAAGAAGCCAGAGGCGAGGAGGAACAGGAGGAGGAGGUGGAGAGAAAAGGAAGAGGUACCACCGCAUCCAACAUGGCCAGUGCAGCUACACCUUCAUCCUGCCGGAGCUCGACGGAUGCCAGGACGGCACAUCAAACUCAGAACUCUAUGGCGGCUCUCAAAGCAGAGCGAGUCUCGUGCAAAGGGACUCGCCGCCGAUGGACGGAGAAUGGUCAGCUCAGAAACUGCAGCACCUGGAGAGCACGAUGCAGAACAACACGCAGUGGUUGCAGAAGCUGGAGAACUUUGUUCAGAGCAGCGUGAGACGUGACAUCACUCACAUCCCGUCACACUUCGUGCACAACCAGACCGCGACCAUGCUGGAGAUCGGAACCAACCUGCUGACGCACACGGCCGAGCAGACACGCAAACUCAACGUGGUGGAAGCCAAGGUGCUGAACCACACGUCUCGGAUCGAGAUCCAGCUUCUGGAGAACUCUCUGUCCACAAACAAACUGGAGAAGGAGCUGCUGCUGCAGACGUCCGAGAUCAGUCGACUACAGGACAAGAACAGCCGUUUGGAGAGUAAAGUUCAGAUGCUGGAGUCUCAGCAGAGAGGAGAGCUGGAGGACAUGAAGGAGCAGAAGAACAGACUGCAGUCUGUCGUCAGGACUCAGAUGGCGGCCAUCGAGUCUUUGGAGAAGCAGCUGCGCGUCGCCAGCAGCAACAACACGGCUCUGCAGAGGCAACAGGCUCAGUUGAUGGAGUCUGUCCACACACUCAUCAACAUGGUGGCUAGUACCACAGCGUCUCCUCCGGGGAAUCACAGGUGGCGAGACUGUGCUGACGCUUACAAGGCGGGUCAGUCCGUCAGUGGUCUGUAUCACAUCUACAUCGGCAACAGAACUGAACCUGUGCAGGUUUACUGUGACAUGGAGACGAGCCGCGGGGGAUGGACGGUUUUCCAGCGGCGGUUUAACGGCACCGUGGACUUCCAGAGGAGCUGGAGGGAAUACAAGAUGGGCUUCGGAGACGUGUUGGGAGAGCACUGGUUGGGUAAUGAAGUUCUCUACCUGCUGACCACUCAGGGUCAGUACUCCAUGAGGGUGGAGCUGAGAGACUGGGAGGGAAACCCCGCCUACUCCCACUACGACCGGUUUACACUGACCAGUGAGAAGCAGCAGUACAGGUUGUUUCUGCGAGGCUACAGCGGCACAGCGGGGCGACAGAGCAGCCUCGCCAUGCACGGCAUCGGCUUCAGCACCAGAGACCAGGACAACGACAACUGUGACCACUGCAAAUGUGCCAUGAUGCUCACUGGAGGUUGGUGGUUCGACGCUUGCGGUUUCUCCAACCUGAACGGUAUCUACUACAAUGUUGGCCACAACAUCCGCAAACUUAACGGCAUCAAGUGGCACCACUUCAGAGGCCCCAGCUACUCACUGCGCUCCACCUCCAUCAUGGUACGGCCUUACGACUUCUAACAGCACCCCUCAGUCUUCAUGAUAAAACGACCCCUCGCCCUCACGAUGGUACAACCCUGUGGCUCCCAGCACUCCUCCAAAGCAAAGACCUUCCUGAUCAUGUGACCAUCAGGGCCAAGGACCUGACAUCCACUGUGUUGAUGGUACAGUCCUACAGCUACACAGAAGCAAGGGUCUUGCUACAGGGGUGGUCAAACAGGCAACUGCCUGGGGCCCCAGGCUGAAAGGGGGGCCAUGAAAACAGUUCAUUCUGGAUGUUUUUCUGAAAUCGUCCAGGGGGCUUUGUCUGAGGAUGCAAACAUCCACGAAAGUCAAACUGGAAUUUGUCGGAUAUCUUCUGCCAGAACUCUAAGCCAAAUUUCGGGAUUUUGGAUGUUCUCCUGUCAUUGUGAACACAUCCACAUGUGGCCUAUCUUCUGCUGAUUUUCUGACAUAACCCAGAUUUUUUUUUUUCUUUUCUUACUUUCAGGAAUUCAUGUUGGACAACUUUAGUUGAUAGAAAUUACCCUUUUUGAAAACUCCCCUUUCAAGGAAAUGCUAACAGCAAAGUUCUGUGUAAACUGUUAAUACACAAACAGCCAAUUUAUCAGCCUUUGCCUUCAAUUGUGGGGUGGAAUUGAGGAUUUGGUCUAGUUUGAUGUCGGGCCCGCAGGACCCUCUUGCCUUGGGCCCCCAAACUCCUUUGAAAUGUCUCCGAACUUACAGCGACAUCUCUAAGAUCUACUGUGGUAGAAACCAGACUUUAACAGACCCUGAGAAGCCUUCCCAUAAUCGUACAGUACAGCAACCAGUUUGUCCAAAAGGUGUUUCAGGGCCAGUCUUACCUGGAAAUGCUGCAUUUGCCAACAGAACUAUGUGUGAAGACUUAAAAAGGAAAACUUGUGACAACAGUCCAACUGUGACACCGAGUACAAUGUGUUUGUAAAAAGCACAAAUCCAGGGUUCUAAGGUCGUUCGUGGGAGAUUCCGAGAUUUUUGACCAUCUGAUACAAAGCCACUGGCAGAAGUCCAUACCGCUUAUCAUUUUGAGGGUCAUCCCAACUGACAGUGGCUGAUAGGAAAUGGUACAUUCCACGAUAGGUCAUCACGAGUGUUGUGUUUCCUGCAUGCUCGGACCAGGCUCCGCCUGUCAAACUGGAUAUUGGGACAUUCUCCUGCUGUUGCGAACGCAACCAAUCGUCCAGAAACAGCCCGAUGAUUGGAUAACGUUUCUGACUGUGAUUGGACGAGAAAAGACAACUCGCUCUUCUUUGACUCGUGACAUUUUAAAGCUGCACUGCAUGACCUUUGUUGAUGUUUUUGUGUUGUUGUCCGAUGUCGUUCGAUGUCGUUGUUCAGUGUUGUUGUUUGAUGUCGUUGUCCGAUGUCGGCUCACGUUAUGCUACGUAUCUUGCUGACAUGGCAAUCGAGGGCUUUACCAUUCCAAACUGUACCAUGAUGGAAACACGGUAUGUUUGAGAAUAGCCUGUGGGCGUUUGCCUGGACUUUUAUAUCUGUUUUUAUUUUAAACCGAUCGCAAGGGAGUGACGCUUACUCUAGUCAACCAUGAAAUGGGUGCCAAAGAAUGGAACAGUUGGAGCUGGUUAUUUUGGUACUAUAACUAAUGGAAACGCAAAAAAAAACAAACAUGUACCGUACUGUACUAAACCACUCGGUGGAAACACAGCUUUAGCGUGGAUACAGCAGUGCAAUUCACUUUUGAAACGCUUCUUUGUCUUUUCAGUCAGACUCCAGUUUGAAGUCGUCUUACGAGUAUAAUUAGUAC